AGUAGUUAUUUUGAAUAUUUGCAAGUAAAAUAGAAUGAGUAAAGUGAAAAAAUGAAAUCUGUGGAAUUUUUAUCGAUAGUUCUAGUGUCAUUUGGCUGUUUUGCUGGCACUACAGGAGAAUUUUGUGAUACAUUAAGUCCUGUUAAUUGCCUAAAUGAUACUAAUCAAGUGUUAUUAGCUAGUGUUCGAAGUAGCACGAUUUCAUGCUUCUUAUGUGACGGAAUAGAGUGCUUAAAUAUUGAAAUAGAGUCAACAGCUCAAGUUGAUUGUGAAUCGUCUUGUUAUAUUGGAAUAGACGAUAAUGGCCUCAUGACAAGAGGAUGUGCUAGUGAAUAUGGAGACACAAAAGGCUGUUCAAAAGAUGAAAAUUCAAUUAAUCAAUGUUUCACAUGCGACACCGAUUAUUGCAAUGCAAUUCUUUAUCCAAUAAGAGGAAGACUUCAAUGUCAUACAUGCCCCGAUCAGUUUUGUCAACCUUCAAAAGACGACGUGCAAUAUUGCUCGAGAUAUCAUCCGGAUGAGAAAUGUGUAACAAUUUAUUCACCCGAAGUAGAUGCUGUAGAGACGCGUGGGUGUAUAAGUGAGGUGGAUUCUUUAGAUGAAUGUAAAAAUAAUCGAAGUAAUUGCUUGACGUGUUCAAUUGACGAAUGUAAUAGCGAUACUUCAAUUGCUCAAACAUUUUCCUGUAUUGGAUGUAACACAAUUGACGAUCCAGAAUGUAUGAGUGAAAAUUUUAGAGCUACAAAGCGAUGCACAUCAAAUGAAUGUUUUACAAGACUGGCAGUUUCCGCAGCUGAUCAAUAUCUUGAAAGAGGAUGCUUAACAGACAUAACAGAAUGCAAUUACGGCAUCUGCGAAUCAUGUACUGGAACUAAUUGCAAUAAUGCCAUCUUUCCAAGAGAUAGGAUAUCAUGUAAAUUUUGUGUUGGCGAUUCCUGUUUGAAUGGACAAACUAAAGACAAAAUCUGCACCAACUAUAAUAAUAAUGAAGGAUGUAUAACAUUUUUCGGAACUAAUAAUGAAGUCAUUUACAGAGACUGUUACGAGGAUGUUCCGGUUGAAACUCAAUCAAUUUGUGAUGAUCCUAAUGAUAUCCAAUGUACAAAAUGUUCAGGCUCAUUAUGCAAUAACGCCGUUGAACGUCGUGGUAACAAGUGCUUCCAAUGUGAGGGAAUCGAUUGUUUUCAUCCCACAAUCGGUGAUAUUGUAGACUGCUUAUCAGAGUGCUUCAUCGGUGUUAAUGAAAACGGCGAGACCGUGAGAGGUUGUGCUAGUUAUCUCAAUCCCACUUCAUUAUGCGGUAAUAGCACUCCGAGUUGUAUAAAGUGCGAUGAUGAUCUAUGCAAUGGUAUAGUCUAUCCUGAGAAAAAUAGACUAUCAUGCCUGAGCUGCAGUGGUGAUGAUUGUUUAAAUAUUGACUCGUCGAAAUAUUGUGAAGUUUUGGGUACUCAUGAAGCUUGUGUUACAGUAUUCAACUCAUUAAAUCAAACAACUGAACGAGGAUGUCUAUCGACACUUUCAAGUGCUCAAUAUUGUACAAAUAAUCAAGCAAAUUGUAUUCAAUGUCAAUUUGAUAAUUGCAAUGUUCAAACGUCACUCGAACAAAAGAACUUUUGUGUCUCAUGCAAUUCCAAACUUGAUAGUACUUGCGUGACAAAUCCAAAAGAAUCUCAAACAAUUGGAUGCAAAGGCAAAUGCUAUAGUCGUUUUGCAACCAAUGAUAAUGAAAAUAUUGAACGAGGAUGUAGUGAUUCAAUCGGCACAUCAUGCUCAUCAGGCAGUUGCGUUGAGUGCGAAGGCGAGCGUUGUAAUUCAGUCAUUUUCCCAUCAAAUCGACUAUCGUGCUUUAAAUGUAUUGGAAGUGAUUGUGACGUUAGUGAUUUGGAAAUGAUAAAGGAACCGUGCUUGACUUAUCAUGCAAAUGACACUGCUUGUCUGACGAUAUUUAAUGAAGACUCAAAAGUCGUCUUUAAAGGAUGCCACAGCGACGUAAGCAAGGAAACUCAAACUUUAUGUUCCGACUCGAAUGACAUUUCAUGCACAAAAUGUAACGGAAGCAAUUGCAAUAUAGCGCGAGAAAGGCGCGGAACUAAAUGUAUUCAAUGUGUGGGACUUGACUGUCUUACUUCCGGAUAUCCGGCAAAUGUUGUUGACUGUCAAACAGGGAGUUGCUAUGUAGGUGUCGAUAACAAUGGUUUUACUCAUAAAGGUUGUGCAUCAAGCUACCAAAAUAUCAGUAACUGCUCAAUAAAUGUCGACACGGAAGCAUCAAAAACGUGUUUAAUUUGUGAUAAAGAUUUUUGCAAUGCAAUCGUAUUUCCACUUGAGAGUCGUCUUAUCUGUAUGGAUUGCUAUGGAACGGCAUGUGAUGAAGUUUCAAUUAAUGAAAAGUACUGUGAGCAACUGAGUCUAAACGAACGUUGUGUUUCGAUAUUUAAUACUGAGAAUGUAAUCGCUGAAAGAGGAUGCCUAUCCACCGUUCAAAAUUCAGCUGUAUGUAAUCAAAACAGCACGAACUGCCUAAAAUGCAAUACAAAUCGAUGCAAUACACAAAUAUCUAGAGAUGAAAUUUACUCUUGUGUAUCAUGCAAUUCAAAAACGGAUCCAACCUGUACAUCAAAUAAUACAUCACCAAAUACAAAAGCAUGCACAACAAAUCAGUGCUAUUCAAGAUUAAUUCCCGCAGAUAAUAACUGGAACUACAUAGAAAAGGGAUGUGUAUCGGAUUUGCCAAGCAGCAAUCCAGUUUGUACGAAUUGCACAACAUGUGAAGGUUCAUUAUGCAAUAAUAUUGUAUAUCCAACUAAUCUCAUUUCGUGUAGACAUUGUAGCGGUGCUGAUUGUAAAACAUCAACAGUUACCAAACGUUGUGCACUAUUUAAUCAGGAAAAACAAGCUUGCAUCACAAUAUUUGCUAACAGACAAGAUGUCAUUUAUCGUGGUUGCUACAGUGAUGCUGUAAUUGGUACUCAAGAAGUUUGUGAUGAUUCUUCAAAUAUCGCAUGCACAAAAUGCAGCUCAGGAAGUAACUGCAAUAUAGAUCAAACGAGAAGAGGAUUUAAGUGCUAUAAGUGUAGUGGACGAGAAUGCUUAGUUCCAAGUCAUCCAUCUGAUGUUAUCAAUUGCUUAUCAAAUUGCUAUGUCGGAUUAAACAGUUACGGCGAAAAUGUGCGUGGUUGCUAUGCUACAUACUCAAAUCAUACAUGUAGCAUAGAUGAAGAUAGUCAAUAUCAAUGUAUUUCAUGCCAAGAUGAUUUCUGUAAUGGAAUUACGUAUCCAGUUACUAAUCGUUUGUCAUGUCACAUAUGUCAUGAUUCAAACAAUUGUCAAACAGUAUCUGAUGACAAUAUCAAUUACUGUCCAAAUUAUGGUCAACAGGAGAAAUGUGUGUCAGUUUUUAAUGCUGAUAAUAAAGUUAUAGAACGCGGAUGUUCUUCUUCCUUAAACAACAACGUUUAUUGUAGUCAAAACUAUAAAAAUUGUAUAGAAUGUGGAACUGCUGGCUGCAAUAACAUAACAUCUGUCAGCUCUAAAAUGUGCGCCAUUUGUGACUCAGUCACUGAUAAAAAUUGUGUCUUAAAUCCAAGAGUUGUGCCUACUAAAUAUUGCGACAGAGGAUGUUACACGAGACUCAUAAACGGUGACUUGUACCGAGGAUGCUUAGAAGACUUAAAUAAUGGAACGUGUACCAGCGCUACGAACUGUGUAUCAUGUGCUGAUUUUGAUAAAUGCAAUGUCAUUAACUAUCCAAAUAACAGAAUGGAAUGUCUAACAUGCAACAACUCUACGGACUGUAUUAAUCCAACGAAAAUGUCUUGUGUAAGGCACCGAGAAAAUGAGACAUGUGUUACGAUAUUUAAUGGAUACCGAGUUGAUAAGAAAGGCUGCUUUGCUGAUCAAUCCACAACUGACCAAACUGUAUGUACUGCAAAUAAUAACACAUGUUUGACUUGCUCAACUAGCAAUUGUAACACGAAUAAUGUUAGAUCUGAUGAGAGGUGCAUCGUAUGUAAAUCCGAUAUUAAUCCACAAUGUGCACAGCAACCACAACAGUUGAUAUCAGAGCAAUGCUUGUUGCCAAGUGAUGGAGAGUGCUAUGCGAGAAUUUCAGAUGGCAGAACACUCAGGGGGUGUAAAGGAUCACUUACAGCUAUCGAUAUCAAUAAUUGCCGUAAUACUUCGGUUUUCGCAGAAUGUCAAAUUUCAUCUGGUGAUGGAUCAAAUAACAAAUUAAUUCCUUUAAAGAGACUUCAAUGUUACUAUUGUGACAGUACAAAGGAUGAACAUUGUGGUGAGGUCCAAACAUCAAAUAAUACACUUCCAUGCAAGAGUUAUAACAGUCCAGAAAAUUGUAUCAAAAUAUCGUACUCAGAUGGCAGAGUUGUACGAGGAUGCUUGGCAGAUUUCAGCUCGGAUACUUGCUCUUAUGGACAUUGUGAAACCUGUCCAUCAGAUAGAAUAGCAGAUGGUUGUAACUUUAGUUUUGCUAGCAGAAUAUCUGUUUCUAUCGUUCUGUUUGCUCUAUCGAUUUUGUUAUUUUUAAUGGUGAAAUAAAACAAGAAUAAUGUGCUUGUUAAUAUGGCGGGACGUGUAAUUUUUUUAUGGAAAUAAAACAUGCUUUCAAUUAAA